AGGCUUUAAAAAAAAUGAAUUCACUUUAUUCUAUGUUUGGUUGUUUCACAGCAGCACGGACCAAAAGAGGAAUUCCUAUAUUUAUAGGUUUUUCAUUAUUUGGGAUCUGAGAAAGCAAAAGGCUCCAGUUAACUGAUAAUUGUAUCGAUGUAGUUUAAUGUCGUGUUUGCUGAUAUAACAUGAAGGGUAGUUAUAUGCUUGUGGGAAUUGAAUAUCUCAAGGCUGUGAGGGUGACUUAUUUCCCCUUUCGAAGAGAAACCAGACGACAUGGAAAGGACAACUACUUCAGUUGCACAUAUGUUCUUCCUGAUGGUGUCACACACACAAAGGGUUUUGUAAAAGAUCCAGGUGAGGCAAAUGGAUACCUUGCUUUUACAGAUGGAGUCCUACCUCCGCAACCUGAAAGAAAAGAGGACAUGGAUCAGCUAGAAGUUAGAGAAAAGCCCGAGGACAGAAGAAAAAUUGAUUUAACACAAACUGAGUUUACUUUGACAAAUGAGCGCUUCCUUGUCCCAGAGAUGAUCUUUCGUCCUGCUGAUUUGGGAAUGAAUCAGGCUGGACUAGCAGAGUGCAUUGUUAAAGCUGUCAAUUCCUGCCAUCCUCAUCUUCACCCUGUGCUCUAUGAAAGCAUUAUAUUGACUGGUGGAAGCACACUUUUUCCUCGAUUUGCUGAAAGAUUAGAAAGGGAUCUCCGACCUCUUGUACCCGAUAUAUACCAAGUGAAGAUAACUACUCAAGAAGAUCCUAUUUUAGGUGUUUGGCGCGGGGGUUCACUUUUGGCAUCUAGUCCUGAUUUUGAAGCAAUGUGUGUGACUAAGACCGAGUAUGAGGAGCUGGGGUCUGCUCGAUGUCGCAAGUGA